AUGUCAGACUAUGCGAUGUAUCACGCCCUUGGGGCACCGUCUGCGACCGAAGACGAGAGGCCAAUUCAGCCUGCAGCCCCUCAGUUCCGGCCUCCAGUUGCGCCCAGCCCACGAGGAUAUCAACAGACCGGUUCCUCACAUGGCACAGCUGCGCCCCAAGGCUUUGGGAUAACGCCGCAGUAUGGCCGCAGUGUACCGGCGCAAGAGCAGAGCUACUUCCCUCCCCAACAAUCCACGCAGCCUCAGGCUCAGGGACGGGGCGACAUGGCUGGGCUGGCUGCACAAAUGGGGGGCAUGGGGCUGGGUCCGGAGAGCGCAGGUCACGCUAGAGGGCACAAGAAGAGGGAUCGUCACGCGUAUCAUAAUCUCGAAACUCCUGGCGGCAGUUCCCAGGCAUUCAAUGGAAUACCGCAGGGUGGAGUGGGCACACCUACCCAGUUCUUGAACCAAAACGGCGCUCAUGCAGGGUCUUACGGCAGCCCACAAAUCACACCCGCUAUGUCGCAGUUUCCAGCGGCCAGUCCGAUGUUCAGUCCCACGAAUCCGGCUUCACCCAUGCAACAUGCUGCUCGUACAGGCCCAUCACAGGGCACGGCAGUUGGCUCCGCGCAGGGGCGUGUAGAUCCUGAGCACAUUCCAAGCAUACCGAGCUCUCGAGACAGACCUGCGCAAUACUAUCUAGAGCAUGUAUACCCCACAAUGGAACAUCAUCUUCCGCCUCCCGCCGCGAUCCCUUUUGUGGCCUUUGACCAGGGCAACUCAUCCCCGAAAUUUGCACGCCUAACUCUCAACAAUAUACCUGUGUCCUCCGAAGCUCUCGCAGUGACUGCGUUGCCUCUGGGCCUGGUUCUACAACCGCUAGCUCCGCUACAAGAAGGCGAGCAAGCGAUACCUGUUCUCGACUUCGGCGAGAUCGGCCCGCCCCGGUGUCGAAGAUGUCGAGCUUACAUUAACCCCUUUAUGACCUUCUCUUCUGGCGGCAAUAAAUUCGUCUGUAACAUGUGCACGUUCCCCAACGACGUUCCUCAGGAAUACUUUGCCCCUACAGAUCCGUCUGGCGUUCGUGUGGACCGGCAGCAGCGGCCGGAACUAACCCAAGGCACUGUCGAGUUCCUGGUCCCCAAAGAGUACUGGGCAAAGCCGCCUGUUGGUCUGCGGUGGCUGUUUCUGAUCGAUGUUAGCGCAGAGGCUGUCAACAAAGGGUUCCUGGAUGGCUUCUGCGAGGGCAUAAUGUCCGCGUUAUAUGCCGCUGAUGCAGUGGACGAAGGCGACGAGCAGAAUGGCCUACCCCAGAAGAGGUUACCACCAGGUUCCAAAGUCGGCAUCGUAACAUACGACAAGGAGAUACAUUACUAUAACCUCAGCCAUCGGCUCGACCAAGCGCAAAUGAUGGUAAUGCCGGAGAUCGAGGAUCCCUUCGUUCCUCUCAACGAGGGCCUUUUUGUUGAUCCUGAGGAGUCGAAGGCUGUCAUAACUUCUCUUCUAACGCAGCUACCUAACAUGUUUGCGGACAUCAAGAAUCCGGAACCUGCUCUACUCUCCACACUGAACUCCGCACUUUCCGCGCUCUCGGAUACUGGCGGCAAGAUAAUAUGUUCCUUGUCAGCGCUGCCAACCUGGGGUCCUGGCCGUUUGGUUCUCCGCGACAAGGGCGAGGUGCACAACACUGAGGGGGAGAGGAAGCUCUUUACCACAGAGCACCAGAGUUGGAAGCAAACGGCGACCAAGAUGGUGCAGAGCGGAGUUGGCGUAGAUUUCUUCAUGGCUGCUCCCAGUGGUGGUUACCUUGACAUCGCCACAAUAGGCCACGUUGCGGCGACGACAGGCGGUGAAGUCUUCUACUUUCCAAACUUCCACAGCCCGCGGGAUACGCUCAAGUUAUCAAAAGAGAUCAAGCAUACUGUAACUCGAGAUACGGGCUACCAGGCCUUGAUGAAGGUCCGUUGCUCAAACGGUCUGCAGGUCUCGGCAUAUCACGGCAACUUCUAUCAUCAUACCUUCGGCGCCGAUCUCGAGUUCGGAGUGAUCGAUGCCGACAAAGCUAUCGGAGUGAUGUUCAGCUACGACGGCAAGCUAGAUCCCAAGCUCGAUGCGCAUUUUCAGAGCGCACUGCUCUACACCACAUCCAGCGGUGAGAGGCGUGUCCGAUGCAGUAACGUGGUUGCGAGCGUCAGCGAGAGCCCGCUAGAGGCGAUGAAGUUGGUGGACCAAGAUGCUGUUGUAAACAUGAUCGCAAAGGAAGCCGCCGCUCGGAUGACAGAGAAGUCACUAAAGGACGUGCGCUCGGCUUUGACGGAGAAGACUGUCGAUAUACUAGCUGGCUACCGGAAGAUCGCCUCUGGGUCAAAUCCACCCGGGCAGCUAGUACUGCCAGAACACCUGAAAGAAUUCAGUCUGUACAUGCUGGGCCUGAUCAAGUCGCGAGCAUUUAAAGGUGGCCGGGAACCGACAGACCGCAGAGUGCAUGACAUGAGGAUGAUCAAGGCGAUGGGCGCCACGGAGCUCUCGCUCUACCUCUAUCCGCGGAUCUACUCGAUACACAACCUUGACCCGCUUGAUGGCUUUGCCAAUGAGAACGGCCACCUGCGCAUGCCUAACUCCAUACGCGCUUCUUUCUCGUACGUCGAAGCAGGCGGCGCAUAUCUAGUAGACAAUGGCCAGAUUUGCCUGCUGUGGCUAGAGGCCAACGUCUCGCCGAACUUGCUGGAAGAUCUGUUUGGUGAGGGGCAUAGCAGCUUGAAGGAACUUGACGCGUUCCAGUCGACGCUGCCGGUGCUGGAGACACACCUCAACGCCCAAGUAAGGAACAUCCUACAAUACCUCGAAGGCACACGCGGGUCCAAGGCCUUGACGAUGCAGAUCGCGCGGCAGGGCAUGGAUGGGGCGGAGUUUGAGUUCGCACGGUUACUGUAUGAGGACCGCAAUAAUGAGGCGCAGAGUUAUGUCGAUUGGUUGGUGCACAUCCAUCGGCAUAUCCAAUUAGAGCUUGCGGGGCAGAGGAAGAAGGAGGAUUCGGGAGACGCGUUGAGUGCGGUAUCAUCUACUUUUGCGGGUCUGAGGACGCCUUAUUGGGGUUAA